GAGAUUGAAUUUAAUUUUAAUAUUCUCAUUACUCAUUACUUAUCACGAUUAUUUUUAAAGAUUAAACUAAAUGUCAAAUAUUUAUUUGGGGGCUCAAAAAUUUUUUUCUCAAGCGUAUAAUCUCUACCGCUUCUCCCUUCCUUACACUUAGGGUCAAUUCAGUAUAAAUUUGAUGUCGCGAAUUAAAGAAACAUUUUUCGACAAAUUUUCACUGUAAAAAAAAAUAAAAAGAACAAUACGUCAUUCCCAUUGGAAAAGAAAUGUCAACAAUAAUUUUCUCUGCAUAAUGAUCAGUAGUAAAACAAUUAUCUAUUAAGAAAUUAUUAAAAGUUAAUUUAAUUUCAAAAUUCAAAGAAUUGUAAAUAUUAUCUUCAAGUUGAUUACUGACACACAUCUGAAGUAAUUUGACUCUGAGAGUUUUUUUUUUUUUUUUGUAAAUUGAUAAGAAUAAAAAUCAAAUUGAUUUCUUACUAUUUUUUUACGAAAUAGAAUUUUUUGACGGUGUAAAAAAAUCCAAAAUAAUGUUCAAUUGUAUUUACAAAAGUGCUUUGUAAUGUUUCUACAGCAUUAAAAAAAAAUUCUAUCAAAUUUUGGGGGUACCCCAUUUCCCCCCCCCCCCUUCUCUACACAAUUUUUUUUACUUAUUUCAAUUGACGGAAUUCCCAAUGACAAAGUUAUUCAAUUAAGCAAAAAUAUCAAAUAGUAAAUAAUCUUGCGAAACCGGAAACUUAUUAAUUUAUAAAAAACUUUUUUAUCUAUUGUAAAGAUGUCAAAAACCCCACACAUUGUUUUCUAUUACAAAUAAUUUCAUUUUUUCUAACACACUCCGAUGCCCAACUUUCACUUAUUAAUUCAUUGCCCCAGUUGACCUUCAUCUAUUUAUUUUAUUUCAAUGUGAAUAUUAAAAUUUUGGUAAUAAUGUUUAAAUGCAUUGCCUGGUUACGCAUGAAAAAUCAUUUACAAUUACUCGCACCACGACUAUUCAUACAUAUAUAUAUAUAUAUAUGUACUGAAAAAAAAUGUUUUUUCCAUUUAUAGUUUCAGUCAGUGUUGAAUCAACAUCGUGCAAUAUUUUUAAAAUUAAACAAAAUAAAAUAAUUUAUUUAUUUAUAAAUAACAAAAACAUGACGGAGAAAAUUUUAAAGAUAAAUUUAUUAAAAUUAAUUUCAUUGUUCAUAAUAAUUAAACAAACAAGUGGAUUUUUGUUGCACAAUGUCACUAAUCUAUCACGUGAACGGAGAAGUGCCGGACUAGUAUCACCAAAUUGCUAUUGCGAUGAUCUAACUAAAUUGUGCAAAUUUUCUGAUGGUGGUAUUGACUUACGGAUAACAAAUCAGGAAUGCCCAGAAGAGUGUCCACUCGGCAAAGCUAAAUAUUGUGAUUUUGCUGUGGGGAUGGCAAAUGAAAUAUGUGGUGGCAGAAAAUUAACAGAUACUACUUAUGAGAAUGGUAUUGCUAAUAUUGGAGAAUAUCCAUGGCAUGUUGCCAUCUUAGUACGUAUUACCAGUGAAACUUAUCGCACUGCUGGCGCAGGAGUUCUAGUAACAAGUAGUCAUGUUCUGACUGUUGCUCAUAAAAUUAAAACGAUACCAUCCAGUUCAAUAAGAAUUCAUAUAGGAGAUAGUCUUGGAUAUGGAGACGAUGUUCCCUGUCAAGUAUAUGAUUACCAAGCUCGUUAUGUCAUAAUUCACCCUAAAUUUAAUGCUCAAACAGCACAAAAUAAUUUAGCAUUGAUAAAGCUCACUGAGUCAGUGCCAUUAGCCAUCAGUCCUCAUAUUAAUAUCGCAUGUUUGCCACAAAAAGCUCCUAAACCAAAAAGAAGAUGUUGGGUAUCAGGAUGGAAUGAAGACGAUUUUCAUCCUUCUGGACGUUUUACUCAGCCAUUAAAAGAAGUUGAUGUUCCGAUUGUUGAUGCUAAAUUAUGUGAAGAGCGUCUGCAGACCACAAGACUAACGCAUAGUUAUAAAUUGGAUAAGAAAAGUUUUAUUUGCGCCGGUGCUGAACCAGGAAAAGAUUCUUGCACUGGUGAUGGUGGCGCCCCACUAGUCUGUGAACGAGAAAACGGUCGGUGGGAAGUUGUGGGAUUGGUUGUUGGUGGUAUUGGAUGUGGACAAACGAUCCCUGGUCUUUAUGUCAACAUCAUUGCCUAUGUUGAUUGGAUUCGUGAACAAAUCUUCAAUUCAUGUUAAUUGUCUUCUUAAGAUUUAUCGAUUUCUAUUAUUAAAAAUAUACUACCCGGAAAAAAGCAGUAACGACUACGAUGCAGAACAGUACUGUAGACAUUAUAAUGUAUGAAAUAACCAAAUAUCGGCUGUGUUACCGCUUAUCCACGUGUCGGGCUCAAACAGAGGUCUCUGAGUCCUAGUUGUGGAAUAAAGAUCUAGUGACCGGUAGAAUAGGAAUAUUAUCGAUCACUGGAGCUUCACCUGUACUGACUACUCUUAUGGAUUUUUUCUGUGGUUUUCUCAUGCUCCUGCACUUUCACCACCAGGUGAGGUGUAGGGCAUCCUACAAUGAUGUAUGUAGAGCUAGGGACUAAAUUGCAAAUAUUCCUUGGGAACAUGCUACGAAAUUAUACAUCUAUGAGUAAUAGUUUAGAAAUAUUCAAUGUUUACCUCCUGGAACGCAACUAUUACUCUUUCGACGCGACUCUUUAUGUUACUACAGAGUUAUAAGUACUGUAUACUUCACUGUUGCGCAAUAGCCGGACAUGUUAUUAGCCUCAUUCACGCACUGCGCAUGUCUCGUGAGUGAACAUUCUGUAAUAAGACAAGCGAAGCGGGAUUAGAAGUGUGUCAUGGAACUCAUUACUCACUAUAGAUAGCCACAGUACUCACUGCUGAUAGAAAAGUAGCUAUCGCUAUCGUCGUAGCAAUCCUUACGGUUUCAUGAGAGAUUUGGUUAUUUUGUAUAUUAUCUUAAUUACAUUACUGUUCUGCGUAGCAAUGGGUACUGCUAUUUUUUCCGUGGAUUUAGGUUAGAUCAAUGAUUGAAUUAUAACAU